AUGUCGUCCAACCUGCCGAGAACCCCGUCGACCAUCAUGAACCUCCACAUUUCCCGUGGCAUCAACUCGAUGUUCCGUGAUGCUCGAGGUGGAAGCGUCGCCCGACCUCCCAGCGGCUCUCCUCGGUCCACCAUGGCCAACGACGAGGAGGAGGAUCCAAACGAGGAGCAGCAGAACAUGACCAAUACCCUUCUCGCUGUGUCUGCCCCUGCCGCGAUUUUCUCGUCGGCUGACAAGGAGCUCCUGGAGUCAGGCAAGUACGCCGACGCCAAGAUCAUUGCAAACGGCAAGACCUACGACGUGCACAAGAACGUGCUCUGCACCCGCAGCAAGUGGUUCCGUAGCGUCCUCGAGGGCGCCUUCCGCGAGGGCCAGGAGAGUGUUAUCGAGAUAACCGCCCCAGACAACAUCGAGCGAGUCCUCGAGUUCCUCUACACCGGCGCGGUCGACCUGAGCAAUGAGGACGAUCUGAUGGCAGCCGCCAACGAGCUCUCCGCCCUUGGCGACUUCUACCUGAGCGAUGAGAUGAACAACUACGCCAACCAAGUGCUUGGCAAAUACCUCGGAGAGUACCUGAACUCAAUCUGCGAUAUCAACAAAUGCGCAGACCUCCCGAACGAAUAUUCCGCCGCCGAAUAUCGUACCUUUUUAUGGGACCCUCUACCAGAGGGACGCCCUAUCAUGAGCUCCACCUACAAUCUCAUGCUCCAGAACUUCCGAUUCCUCCACGCCAAGGGCUUCAUCGACCGCCUCUGCAGUGCCAUUCGAGCCGCUUAUGCCAUUCCAUCCGGCAUCCAACGCGUUUACGUCGACUUUGUCUAUACGGCCCGGAUCCAGACCUUCGGCAGCACCUUGAUCCGUGCCCUGAGGGAUGAGGUCCCCGAGUUUGGCUACGACCUCUUGACGGCGGUCAUGACUGGCCCACUGACUACGGCGUUCCAGGGCAACUCGGCCUUCGAGCAGUGGAAGGACCCCUUCGCCAACCCCGAGCUUGUCGCCACUGUCGAAGAGUCUCACAGACAUGAGCAACGCGUCAGGGACGAUCGCGACAGGGAGCGUGUGGCUUUGGGCCUUCCGGGCGCUCUGCUUGAUGGCCCGGAUAUCAAUGGCGUGGACAAUCUUGGGCAUACACCACCUGUGAGCGCUGUCCAAAAUGUCAAUGGCGAGUCAUACAUCAUAGAGGAGCUCAUAUACGCGGGCGCAAAGGAGCACGAUGCUGGUCUGGUCCUGCCGCUAGUUCGUGACAUCAACGCGCUGGAACCUCAGGGGCAGACUGCCCUGCACUACUGGGCCCUUCGCGACGGCGCAGCAGUCGCGGAUGUUCUGCUUGGCCCCCCAGGCAUCGAAAUCGAUACCAGAAACUCGUCCGGCCGCACGGCUCUGCAGGUGGCUGCUGGGAUGGUAUCCGGGGGCGUUCUCGAGGAGCUUAUACGGGCCGGCGCGGAUCUAGAGCUCGUGGCCGCCGAGAAGAGUGCUGAGUCCCUCAGUGCUGAGAUCACAGCUCUUGAGACAGCCGUCUCCUGCAGACAACAGGUAGACGCUGCGAUGUUGCAGAUGCGCGCCGGCGCUGAUACGAGAUUCGGGCUCAGAGACGGCGUAGUCGCACACACCGUGCUCCAUGCGGUUGUCUACGGAAAUGAAACGUUCCUGUGUCAAAAGACUGCUGGGCCUCUGAACGAGUUCACCACUCGUGGCCACACCCCGUUCCUCCAUGCUAUCUACUACGGCGACGUCGAAGGUGUUUCGGCGCUCCUCGAGGCAGGGGCUGACCAUUUGAAGCACAGGCAUCUACAGGAGAUGUCUCUGGGCGGGACACCGCUGCAACUAGUGAACACGACUCUUCGGAGGGCGACGCAAAGUGGCGACGUUCCCAAGAUUCCAAGCGUGAGAAAGGCGGGGAAAGCAACCAUCAACGAUUACCUCGCAAGGCUCGAAAAUAUUAGGUCUAUUCUGAACAGAAGGAGCGGGACCGACAAGGAGAUGUAA